AUGGGCAGCUACCGGCUUCUUUUACGCCUUGGUUGGGCAACAAACGGAUUUUACGUCCCUCCCGGAUUGCCUCCUUGUCCUCCAGGUUCCACUCCUAAGCAAGUCCCUAGAGCUGUCACAUCUGAAGCCAUGCCGCGCUGUCUGCAGGUUUCUGUAGCCGGUCGUCCAGUACCGUUACCUGAUGCCAUCUUUCACGGUGGUCAGGCGCAAAAGCUUGGAAAGCGUCUCCUUUACCCCAUCGAUGUCACUAAUCAAGUAAGUUUCCAAUUUUAA